GAAUGCUCAUUUAGUGAGACACGCUGGUGGUUUGUGGUCGUAUCCAAACAGUGCUGUGAAAAUGUUGAAGUACACAGUGAAAAAGUAUUGCUCGGAAGGCAGUAAAGUGCAUCAGAUUCUGGUUGCUGUUUUGAUGGUCUUGCCAGUCUUCUCAUAUGGAUCAGCGGUCGGUUGGUUGUCUCCAAUGGGACCACGACUCAUGUCAGAAGAUGGACCGGCACCGGAACCAGUACAUCCCGAUGUUAUCUCCUGGAUGGCAUCAGUACCUUACUUAGUUGGGACGCCAGGGGUGUUUCUCUUUGGGUUUAUUGUAGAUAAUUUUGGACGGAAAAAGGCGUUGAUGACCACGUCUUUGUCAAUGGCUAUCUGCUGGAGCCUCAAGCUGUACUCCACGGAAACAUGGGCGUUGAUAACUGCAAGGGCUAUUGUUGGACUUGGUGUUGCGGGUUCCUACGUGGUGACACCACUGUACAUUAAAGAAACCAGCGAAGACUCUAUCCGUGGUACUCUUGGAAGCCUCGUGGUACUAUCGCAAAAUCUGGGGAAUCUCAUCGUGUAUAUACUGGGAGAAUAUUUGUGCUACCACGCCAUUUUGUGGAUAUGCCUUGCUGUGCCGUUGAUUCAUCUGCUCGUGUUUCCCGCGAUGCCUGAGACACCGUCGUAUUUGCUGAAGACUGGGAAGGUUGAGGAGGCACGCGAUGCGUUAGCCUGGCUGCGGUGUCGUCAAGUGACAGAUGCGUCAAUUGAGAGCGAAUUGCAGUUACUCCUCAUGGAGUUGGAGCAGAGUAAAUCAGAGGGAUUUUUCAAAGCAGUCAAAACAUUGGUCUCCGACAAAUGCACAUUCCGCGCAUUUCGUAUAACCCUAAUAAUAACACUUGCGCGUGAGUUGUGCGGAUGUCUCGCCGUCUUACACUUUGCGUCAAUGAUCUUCAACGAUGCCAGUGCUGAUUGGGUGCUGACUGCGAACCAGCAGGCAGCUGUACUAGGAGCUGUUCAGCUAGUUGGCUCGUGUACUGCAUCUGGCCUGGUUGAGAAGACUGGAAGGAAGCCGCUACUAGGAACAACGUGUCUUGUAUCUGGAAUCGCACUGACCAUUCUCGGAGCAUGCUUCUGGUUCGGCAGCAGUAAUUUUGCGUGGUUGCCCAUUUGCGCCCUGUGUCUUUGCAUUUAUUGUGACGCUGCCGGCCUUCAACCGGUGCCUUUCGUUAUUAUGACUGAGAUGUUCUCUUUUCAGCAUCGUGGAACAGUGACUUCUAUAGUGAUAGCAUUCGCCUGCACACUUGUGUCAAUAGAGUUGCGGGUCUUCCAUCCGCUAGCGACAUCUGUUGGUCUGUACUUAAUAUUCUGGAUUUUCGCCGGCGUCUGUCUUGUAAGUACAGUGUACAUUUUCUGUUAUGUGCCGGAGACAAAAAUGAAGACAAUCGAAGAGAUCUAUGAAGGUUUCGGGAAGAAAAAAGAUGAGGAAGCCGCUACAACCAGAUUGUAAUGCAAGAGUCUUCAAAAUCUGUAGACCUGAAGAAACAGCAAAAAAAACACGAGCGAUGUGUUGAUAGAUAUCACAAAAUGUUAAAUUAAAUAUUUAUCUAAAUAAGAUUAGUCCUUUGAUCGGUUUUUGUACUAGAACCAGCCGCCAGGUUGUCGACUACAAUAUAACAUAGUCCAAAUUUAUGCAUUAUAAAUUGCGAUGCCUAUUAUAUCCCUUUAAACCUUUUUUACUUACUUACUUUUAAUGUAAUUUUGUUUAUAAAUUGUGUAAAGGGAUAGGUAAUAUAGGAUUUUUGGUGUCAAUAAAUAAAAUAAGGCAUCUGGUAGACAUUUCUGCGUUCUACGAUGUUCAUUGUAUGUACCAAUUAUUAUUGUAUCGCCGAGAAACACACCCAGUGUAGGGAUAUGUUAUGCGUUAAAUAGGCAUUGAAUGGCGUCUUCAGUCACAAUUAUAUAAAAUUAUGUGUGUUAUGGGUUCUCAAACCACAAUGAUUCCUGUAAAUAAGUAUUUGUAUAAUAUUUUUGUAAUAGAAUAAUUUUUAAGUUAUUGUUUAAAUUAAGUUGACAUAUUUAACUAUGACAGUAUCCGAUACUGCUAAGACUGUAAAAAUCAACAUCAUUAUAACGUAUAACAUUGUUAUUGUGUUAACAAGAACUAGGGUAGCUUAUACCCGCCAAAUGCCAUCAAAAUAAUUUACGUAAUUUUAUAAAUAAUGGCAUCUUUUAAAGUUCCAGAAUUUUCGAUAUGUGAUCUCCACAAUCGGUAUGUUUAAUAUAAGUUGUAGAACUAUUUCUUUAAGGUUCUGUUAGAUUCUAAAUUUAUGUGAUGUAUAUGUCGCAGCCAACUGGCUUAAUGAGCCGUUCAAUUAACAGCCUAGCCUUUUAACUAAACACCGCCGUUUAACUAGCGGCCUUAAAAGAUAUUUAGCCGUAGCGUUUGUAACAACAUUUAAUAAACUGGCUGGCUAAUGCUUAGGCCAUUCAUACGAUACAGAUAUAAAAGGGAUGAAACAUUUAUCAUAAAAAAAUAUUUCUUUAAAAAUUAAAUUGCUUGAGUCAAUCACAGCUAAAUUCACAUUAUUAUAGUCACUACGCUAUUCCAUUGUACUUGUUGUUUUUCAUUAAGCUUUGGAAAACAUCAUGUAAGUUGUGGUUACCGACGUCAUAUUGACAAGAGUUUCGACGUUAGUCGCUAGGUGGCAGAAAGUGGAACUAAAUUUAAAUUAACAGUCAACUUGCCUAGCCAGUAAUAAAACGUCAUCCAUCCAAGUCAUUUGCCUAGCUUUUUGAUCAACACGCUGAAUAUCGUUCAGGCCGCUAGUUAAACGGGGCUGUUUAGCUAAAAGACUACACAGUUAAAUUAAGCCAGUUGGCUGCGACGUUUACAUAAUAAAAUUGCUUAAAAUUCUGA